AUGUGUGUGGUAUUCACCAGAGAAAUGGUCGUCGCUGACUACUAACCAGAGCCAUCGGUGGUUGAUUUCGCGAUUUCGAGCUCCAUUCCUACUUGUCUCACCUUAAUCUCCGGCGAUCGAAUUUCACGGUUCCGGUUAAUCAAUCUCUCCGUAAACUCUUCUUUCCUGUGGCCAUGGACAAAGAAGUUACAAAGAUUGAAAGUGAUGACACUUCAUCGGUGGAGAUCAAAGUGUUGUUAUUCGCCAGAGCACGAGAGCUCACAGGUGUGCCUGAUCUAACACUGAAGAUGCCAUCAGGUAGUACAACACAGAAAUGCCUGGAUGAGUUGGUGCUUAAGUUUCCAAGCUUGGAAGAGGUACGUAGCUGUGUUGUUCUCGCUUUGAACGAGGAAUAUACAACCGAUUCCGCCAUUGUUCAACAUAGAGAUGAGUUAGCCAUCAUACCUCCGAUAAGCGGCGGCUAAUGCAUCGACACUUCUUAAAUCCCUUUAACUCGGGAUUGUAUCUCAUUGGCGAUGAUCCAAAAUGUAACUUUUGUCAUAAUAACACAGAAAUAUCUGUCUUUUAUAAUGGAAAGAAAAUGUUACAUCAGUUCUACU